UCUUGUGAACAGUGAGAAAAAUGAAGUUUGUACUAUGUUUCGCCGCAAUUGCGCUCAUUCAAAUGAUGGGUGCUGAAGCGAAUAAGAUGAAAGAACAUAUAAAGGAAUGUUCUGAAGAACUUCAAAUACCAAAAGGAAUGGUGAGGGAGGCUUUUCAAGCUAAAAAUUUUGAGAAACCGGAACUUCGUUGCUUUUCAGCGUGUAUGCUGAAGAAAGAAAAUCUUCUGGAACCAGGUAGCAAGUAUAAUAUAGAAAAAUUGAAAAUAUUGGCAACAAAAAGAUUAGGUGAUAGAGCUCCAGAAGUAAUUAAAAUAAAGGAAGAAUGCGUCGCAUCAGCUCAAGGCAUAACCGAUGAAUGUGAUUUUGCCAGAAAAAUUGAAACCUGCUUUUUACAAAAUGUUCCACAUCCUAAAGCUUAAACUGAAAUAAAAUACAUGUGUUUUUUUUUAAUAUUUUAACGAAAAAUAACGAAUCAU